CUUAGUUAUAGCCUUAAACUUUAUGAUAUUGGUUUCAAUGGAACCGACCCAGUUUUUCGUGGAAUUUAUCAUGACAAGCAGCGCCAUGAAGAUGAUUUUGGAGCAAUUAUAGAACGUGCUAAGAGUCAAGGAGUAGAGAGAAUGAUGUUGACGGGAGACACACUUGAGCAUUCUGAACAUGCACUCGAAUUGUGCGAAAAAUACGAUGGAUUGUUCGCUUGCACUGCUGGUGUGCAUCCAUGUCAGGCAGAAGUUUUCGACAAAUAUCCUGAAGGUUCUGAGGUUUAUCUAGAACAACUAGAAAGCUUUAUUCGUCAAAACAUGGCCAAAGGAAAGAUUGUUGCUUUUGGUGAAAUUGGACUGGAUUACGACCGUCUUCAUUACGCAAAUAAGGAGACGCAACUCAAAUGUUUUGAAGCACAGUUAGGGAUUGCUACGAAAGUGAAGCUCCCCUUGUUCUUGCAUUCAAGAGCGGCGGCGGACGAUUUUGUUUCUAUUUUAUCAAGAUAUCUUCCUGACUUGCCUAAAGGAGGUGUGGUACAUUCGUUCACUGGCAGUUUGGAAGAAUUGGAUAUGUACUUAAAGCUUGGUUUAUAUAUCGGCGUCAACGGCUGUUCUUUAAAAACAGAAACGAACGUAGAAGCCGUUCGCCGCAUUCCUCUAGACCGAUUAUUGCUUGAAACGGACGCACCCUGGUGCGAAGUACGUCCAAGCCAUGAGGGAUACAAGUUCUUAAAAGACUUCACGCCUCCGUAUCCCUCCUGUAAGAAAGAGCGAUUCAAAAAAAAUUGUAUGGUUCGCGGAAGAAACGAACCAUGUAACAUGGUUAUUGUUGCAAAAAUUGUGGCCGAAAUCAAAAAUAUUUCAGUAGAGGAAUUGUGUGAGACUGUGUGGAAGAACAGUGUCUCUUUGUUAGGUUAA